AGUUUUACUGCUGCAUACCAUUUUCAACAAUUUAAAUAUCAGACGAUUAUAUUUUUCCAUUACCGAUUAACUUUAGUUAAGUAAAAAUGCCACCAAAUUCGAUAUUCGUCCAACUUCUUGCAAUUUUGGCAAUGCAAACAAAAUGCGAACCUCAAACCCCUCAAGCACGAAUUGUUGGAGGUUCAACUAUUGUCAUUGAAGAUGUCCCUUUCAUAGUCUCCAUCCAAUACCAAAGCCAGCAUUUUUGUGGAGGCUCCAUAAUAAAGCCAAACAAAAUUAUCACAGCUGCUCAUUGCACUGAUGGGAGAGAAGCGUCCGAUUUUUCAAUUAGAGCAGGCUCCACAAUGCGUGAAUCAGGUGGUCAAGUAGCACAAGUGAAAAAAAUCUACCAAAAUCCCAACUUUAAUACCAAUGUUAAUGACUACGACGUGUCAAUUCUUGAACUGGCUUCAAAUCUCUCGUUUAGCAACACUAUCUCGCCCAUAACUUUAGCCCAGCAAGAAAUCGAUCCAAAUUCUCGAGCUUUUACGUUUGGUUGGGGCACUUUUCGAUCGGAUAGUUCCAGACUUGCACCAGAAUUACAAAGUGUAGCGCUUCGAAUUGUUGAUAAAGAUACCUGCCAGGAAUCGUACGAGCAAAUGCCCAUAACGGAGCGAAUGGUGUGUGCUGGGUCACAAAAUGGAGGAAAGGAUGCGUGUCAAGGGGAUUCAGGAGGCCCUUUGGUUGUGGAUAAUGUCCUUGUUGGAAUCACGUCAUAUGGGUCAGGGUGUGGCGAUCCUGACUUUCCUGGAGUUUAUUCUAAUGUGAGUGCGCUACAAGACUACAUUAAACAAUAUCUAUGAAAAUUAUACACUUUAUUCAAAUUUAUUCAGUAAAAGUCAAGCAAUGAA